AGUGAUCUGGUCAGCCAAAUACUUGAGUCGUCUUCCUCCAUGCUAGACCCACCAAUCCAAUCAAAUAACUUAACCCCUGCAUCACCAUUACACGUGCCAUCAGUGCAGGAAAUCUCAUCUUCGUCUCCAUCUUGUGUGGAGGCUGUGACAUCAGCGCUAGAUUCCUUCACUCUUAGUGAUGACGUUUUCCUUGGGACGAACUCUUACAGCAGGAGGAAUAAGAUGACAUCUUCUGCAUUAGAAGAGACUGGUUCAUCUUGUACGGUGGACAGUUCCAGUGGAAAUAAAGAGAGCAGCAACAGCAGUGAUGGCAUCAGAGGAGUGUGGUAUUACCUCACUUCCUCUAGGGACUCCUCUGAAGCGUCUCUCAGCACCACCAUGCCUCAGUCGUCCACUACAUCAUCAUCUUAUUUGACAGAAUCUUGUGAUGAAACUGCUGCUUCCUCUGGCUCUGUGAUUGAACUGAGUUCCGAUUCAUCCAGGAGUGCUGAAGAUGCUGAAAUGCCACUCAGACCAGCUAAUCGGGCUCAUCCACACCCGAAUCCAGAGGUCAUCACUCUGAGUGACAGUAGCAGCUGUGUAAGUGACCUAAUUAACCCUUCUGAAGAGCGGAAACAUAAGUCCUUUACAGAAGGAAAUUUAGAUGAACCAAACCCACUAAAAAGUGAUGUGAAAUGCCGGAGGUCAAGCUUGUGUGAUGAAAUGCUACGUAAUGAAGCAGGAAGUGCAACUGAAGGAAGAGGACAAGAUUUUCAGGAACUAAAGAACAUGGAUUUCAAAACUGAAACAGUCAAGAGUGGUGAAGACAAUUCAAGAGGUGUAGCUGCCUCAAUUUCUGGAAGUGUGGAUGACACUCUUGAUGAGGAAUUUAACUGACAAAAGACCAAAGAUACGUAUGCCUUGAUAUUGAGACCAGUUGUUAUCCUCAUUUAGCAUUCGACACAUGCUUCCUGUCUCUGAAAAAGAGCCUUACUUGAUUACGCCACCUGCUCAGACUGUUUGUAUUUUCUGCAUAAGUUCUCUCAUUUAAGGAAUGAUAUUCACAGUUUGUAUCUUGUCUGAGCUUUUCUGGACUUCUGGAAGACAUUUGAUGGUUUAUUUUUACUGUUUACUGUUCUCAUUGUGUUCAUCUCAUUUACAAAUAUAACGUUAUGUCAGUCAUUCUUUGCAUUGCGUUGAUCGUCUGAAGAACAGAUGAAAGCCAGUUAAAGAGCAGAGCUCAGGGAACUCAUGAUUGAGUUAGUUCGAAACCUCAGUAUUCUUGCAGUGUAGCACCAAAGCUCCUUUGGGUUGUGUUUAGCAGUGAUAUGAUGGUUCAGUUUAUGUUGAUGGAUCUUUUUUUUGUGUGUGUACUGUUUGUAUUCUGUUUCUCAUUUUCUUUGUCAAGUUAUUUAUGUUGUGAAUUGAGAUUUAUUACAUUGAAUGCUAUGGUAUAUAUGUGUAUACAAUCAAAUAAAGACUAUUAUUAU